AUGAACACACCCUCCACUUUUGUUAUCAUUAAAAAAUGCCUUUAUUUUCAAGCGAGUAUUGGGAUCUCAGGCAACAGCUUCCUCCUUUUCUUCUACAUUUUCACAUUUUUUCAAGACCAAAGGCGGAAGUCCACCGACCUGACCACCUGUCACUUAGCCUUUGUUCACAUAGUAAUGCUGCUCAUUUCUGUGGACUUCUUUUCGCCAGACAUGUUUGAAUCACUAAAUGUUCAGAAUGACUUCAAAUGUAAGGCUUUGUUUUACAUGCACAGGGUAAUGAGGGGUCUCUCCAUCUGUACCACCUGCCUGAUGAGCAUGCUCCAGGCCAUCACCAUCAGCCCCAGCACCUCUUGUUUGGCAAGAUAUAAACAUAAGUUCCUAAAUUAUAUUAACCAUGUUUUCUUCUUUUUCUGGUCCCUCAAUCUGACUUUCAGUAGUAAAAUGAUCACAUAUACAGUGACUUAUACCAACAUGACCCAGACUAAUAUAUUGAAGGUCAGUAAAUACUGUUCACUUUUCCACAUGAACUCCACCAUCAGGGGACUUCUUCUCACUCUGACAUUAUCCAGGGAUGUUUUCUCAGUAGGGCUCAUGUUGAUCUCAAGUGCAUACAUGGUUAUUCUACUAUGCAGGCACCAGAGGAAGUCCCAGAAUAUCCAUAGCACCAGACUAUCCCCAAGAAUUUCCCCAGAGAAAAAGGCCACACAUACCAUUCUGCUGCUGGUGAGCUUCUUUGUAGUCAUGUACUGGGUGGACCUUCUCAUAUCAUCUUUCUCAACCAUGUUGUGGGUGAAUGACCAGGUCAUUCUGAGCUUCCAGAGGCUUGUGGUUAACGUCUAUGCAACCGUCAGCCCUUUUGUACUAAUAAAUUCUGAUAAAAGAAUCACCAGUAUUCUACAAAAUAUGAAAUGGAAGUGGCAUCAAUUUUUAACUAGUUCAUGA